AUGGAAAUCAUUACCAAAGAGGCGGAAGACGCUGAAGUCGGCGUCGAGAACAAUCAGAGGGAAAUACUCAAGAACAUACGAAGGCUCAAUGAGUGGUUGAAGCCGACAGAUUCAACUUCCCCUGCAAGCGAAUACAGGAAACAUCUGAACUCACAUGUCAAAGGGACCUGUGAAUGGAUAUUUGAGACCGAUCAAUAUCGCGACUGGGGUACAGCUGAGUCAAAUUCAGUGAAGAAUCUCUGGAUCAGGGGCAUCCCCGGAUCAGGAAAGUCGGUCGUUGCAGCACAUACCAUUGCUAGACUUCACAAGCUCGAGGAUGGCCCUGUCUUCUCGCCUCAUCUCCAAGCAGCAUUGAAGAAGCUACGAAAUGACUUCCCAGCAGUCGAGUCUGUUCCUUUCGACCAGCUUUGGGGGUGUCUGGCAACAGCCCUAAAAUUGAUGAAAAGGGUCUACUGUGUCGUUGACGCUUUGGAUGAAAUGGAGGUUGGACACGACAAAUGGCUCGAGGACUUCCUUCGCCUGGGCCACGAAUUUUCGCGCACGGUGAAAAUCAUCACCACAAGUCGUCAGGUCCCGGAAGUGGAGAAACACUUGCACCGCUCGUGCGUCGUCGACUUACGCCUCGACCGUCUACAUGUGGAUCAGGAUAUAUCCAUAUUCGUGACACGGCACCUUGAAAACUCUAAUCUGGAAUUGACAGUGACAGAAAUUAAGGAAAUGAAGGAUGCGUUUUGUGAGAAGGGAAAAGGCUUAUUCUUAUACGCGAGACUGAUGAUUGACGAGUUACUGCUCAGCCCUCAAAACAUAAGAACCCGCGUUCACAAUCUCCCCGAUGGCCUUGGAGAUCUAUACACUGAUCUACUGCGUGAAUCUGUAACGCGAUCGGGAACUUCCACGCGUCUGCAGAGGCUCAUUCUUGAAUGGGUGACGCAUUCAGCCCGUCCGAUGCGCAUUCUGGAGCUGACGGCUAUGGUUGAGUCACUACCUGACCGCGCGGGGCUUCAAAUAGCUUCCAAUGUAAAGGAUGCUGUUCGGACGGCUUGCGGGCCUCUCCUUGAGAUUUGUGAGGAUGGUGUUGUUCAGGUCAUCCAUCACUCGCUGACGGAAUAUCUUCUCAGUCGAGAAGUUGAGCACACUCGAACGACAUCUGGAGCCCGUGAAUAUCAUACAGUCGAUUCAAAGGCUGUUCAUACAAUGAUGGCGCAAACAUGUCUUCGGUAUCUCAUGAAUGGCCCAUUGCGGGAAUGGGAUAUCACCAAGGAACGUGAAAAUCCAUCAAGCGAUAGAAAGUCGCUCUUUUUGAAGUUUUACUUCCUCCGAUAUGCCAUCCAGGAAUGGCAAUUUCACGUCCUCCAAUCAGGGAAUCUCGGAAAUGACCUCAUCAGACACUUGGAUGCCUUCUGUCAGGAUUCCAGUCAUGAUUACCAGGCUUGGAAUCAAAUUUGGAUAGCCUAUCAGGACGGUUUACCCAGUUGCUGCUCAGUCUUGCAUGUUGCCGCCUACUCUGGACUGGUUCCGCUUGCUGCCCACCUCCUUUCUCGGGGCUCGACCCCUGACAUCACAGACGCGGACAAGCAUACACCCUUGGUUUAUGCGAUCGUGAGUGGCCAGCAUGAAAUUGUUAGCUUGCUAUUGAAGCACGGUGCUUCUCAUGGUACCAAAUUUAAACACGACUACACCUCAAGGUCACACAUCAUCCCAUAUGCGUGCAAGUUGAACAAGGUGGAGGUUGUUCGCUCACUCGUACAAGCAGGUGUGGAUCCAAUGACGAAAGUGUCUAUUGGUAUUGGAACUGCUAGAAGAUUGACCCCUGGCCUCUUGGAUCCCCAGGGAGAGCCACAUUAUUGGAAGUCCACGAAGGAAUCCACCGCUCUCGCAUCCGCCAUUGAAGUUGGUUCUGUAGAAGCUGUUCUCGAGCUUAUACGCCUUGUGGAUCUUGAAAGUCUCUGCCCAGACAACCUUGUGCAUCUUGCUGCGGAGAGAGGGGAUGAUGAGAUUCUCUCAGAAUUACUCGAGAACGAUACUUGCAAGCGCUCAAUUGACAAACAUGACGAGUAUGGCGAUACUCCACUGUAUCUAGCGGCUCGAAAUCGCAACGCAGCCACGGUACGGAUUCUGCUCGAUCAUGGAGCCGAUGUCAGCAUUCUUUCGAUGAACAGAAACUUUCCACCUGAGCCGCCCACUCAAGACGAAAGCACAGCUCAUCCUCUGCCACCUCCGAGCUACACCCCUCUUCAUGCGUGGGGGCUCGGUAUCCCACUGGGAGAUUCUUCAACACAAGACAGUGAUGGCAUGGAAGCUUGCCUAGAUCUUUUGCUCAACGCAGGUUGCGAUAUCAAUGCGAGAGACCACAGAGGCCGUACAGCACUCUUUGAAUGGCCAAGCCUUCACUGGGCGAGCAUGUCAAUUAAGAAUUUCCUCUUCGCUCUUCUUUCUCGGGGUGCUGCCGCCAUCCUCCUUGACUUUGACGGGCAAACUCCUCUUCACAAUUCUUUGAGACGGGUCUAUCCGGACGUUGCGAAGAUCUUGACAGAGGCCGGUUGUGGGAUCAACGUGCAAAGAAACACCGAUGGCAUGACAGUUCUGAUGUGCAAUGCAAGCGAGCAAAAUUCCCCCAGCCCCGCAGAGUUUCACAAGCUAGAGGCAGAUUUUGACCUACAGGAUUGGCAGGGGAAUACAGCUCUCCAUCACUACUGCAAAACCUAUCCGGUAGGUCACAUGGAAGAUAUUGAUGAUUGGCUGUUAUCCAGUCCAAAAGCCUUGCACACACAAAAUUAUCUCGGCAGAACGCCCCUUCACGAGCUUUUUUACCGAGAGCUGAAAUUUACUCGGGAUCCAUACGAUGAGGAAAAGUGUCAAAUUGAACGUUUUGAAGCCUUCCAAAAAAUGCUAAAUCAUGGUGCAUCACUGGAAACCCAAGAUGGACUCGGGAGAUCGGCCCUGCUUAUCGCAUUAACGGCCGACAAGAACGAUUCUUUCGAGUUUGUACGGGAACUACUUCGAAUGGGGGCCAUUACAAAAGCAAAGGACUUUGAGGGCAAAUCUGACAUUGAAGCUAUCGAUUUCAAAGGAAAUAACAUUUUUCAUCACUUCGUGAAAGAAGAGCCUGCGAGUUGGUCCGACCGUGAGCCUCGGGCUGAGAUGAUCAUCGAACUCGGCGCACCCUACCAUCAAGCUAAUCAUGAGGGAAGAACAGCUCUACAUGCUGCUGCUACUAUUGAGGACGAAUUUCGCGCCGGUAGUGAUCAAAGAACCUGGUUGGAGUUUCUUCUUCAGCCAUCCAUGCAGUUCGAUAUCAAUUCCAAGGACAAAGAUGGAGUCACUGCUUUACAUCUGGCGUCAGCUGUCUCUGACAUCAACACGUUGACUUUGAUUCAGAAUGGUGCCGACCUUUAUCUCAGAGACAGAUUGGGGCGCACUCCUCUUCAUUUUGCUGCGAUAGGAGGGCAGAGCAAUGUUGUUGGCCUUCUUUUGGAGACGCAUGAGCCCAAUCUCAUGUUCAUCAAUCACCAAUGUUCCAACAGACGAUCUGCUCUACAUGAGGCAUCCCGCUCUGGCAGCCCGGAAUGCGUGAGUCUUCUACUCAACGGAGGUGCAGACCUGUCCCUGACCGACGAGCGAGGCCGAACCGCUCUACAUGCUGCUGCCGGAUUCAAGAAAAUUUCCGAGGCGCAAAAGAUGGAACCUGUUUAUCACUCACAGCCUGCAUCAUCAGCAGACUCGCGGUCUACCCUCCAGGGACGGAAGAGGAAAAAUGACUUUAUAUCAUUGGUGUCCCGUGAAAUUUGUUCUUCGGGUGACGAUGCCAGAUGCAUCGGAGAGGUGGUACGGUUGCUUUUGGCUGCGGGAGCAGAUCCAAAUUGGCCUGAUAAGAAUGGUCUUCGUCCAUUGGACGUGGCUAUUUUGCUUGGCUGUGCCUCUGUUGUUGAAAUACUGAGGGAUCACAUGGCGGAACCUCGGGUGCAAUCAUUUGAUUAUAUCCGCGUGUCACCUUUGACAAUGAGUAAUAAUCAAAUAAAGCAGAUUGUGGACUCAACGGAGGUCCCUGAAGACCACGCUCGGUUCCUGGCACAGCUUUUUGCAACGGGAAAUGAGAGAUUAGUCGAAGAGUUUGUCCGCGCCAAGGAGCUGAAAUUGAUGGACAAGGACAACGACAAUUCCCUUCAGUCUGGAAUUUUUCUCCUUCCCCGUUUCGGCUUAACCUCAAUGUUGGAACGCCUACUGCCAUAUAUUGGAGAGGCGACUCCCAGUAUAAUUCCUUUCUUACUGGAACGUGCUACUCAUCGGUCUCUUUGUAACUUGACAAUGUUCAAACUGCUCAUCCGAAAGUUGCCCCCAGUGCAGCAGUUGCUGCCAGCAGAGAAAUCCGUCUUGGUGACCUCGCUCAUAACACUUUCCGCGGGUCGACGUUGGUGGCACCCUAAAGCCCUUGCUUUGUUUCUUGAAGCGGGCAUCGUCGACGUCCAGUCGGCUGUGGCCUCUCACGAUGCUAUCCAGAGCGCUUUAUUCAGUUCAUCUCCAUCCUGUCGUUGCAAAUGGAAUGGGGAAACUCUACGAAUCCUACUCAACCAUGGCGCAGAUCCCAACGCCGUGCGAAGUGAGCCUGGCUGGCCAUCUCUGUACAUCGCUGUCAGGGAUGGUGCUAGUCUGGAGACAGUUGAUCUUCUUCUCAAGUACGGGGCUUCAGUUGACGCGAGAGAUUCAGGCCUACUCAAUUCUGCAAUUCAGUCUCGCAACCUAGCAAUGGUCGAGCUUUUGUUGAAGGCCGGUGCGGAUGUAAAUGGCGCAGAUGAUGAUCGAAACAUUCCUCUCUUGCAAAGGAUUUAUUGUUCAAAACUGGGAGGAGAACCCCGAAGCACGCGUGAGGCUGCGAUGUCGCUUCUUCUUCGGCAUGGUGCCAAUCCACUGAGAAUUAUCAAAAACGGAUCCACUGUUCUUCACAAGCUAUGUUCAGCUUAUAUUGAUCAUCCCAUUGGGCCGAUCAUUGCGAUGGGCUUCGAUAUUGAUGUCAGGGACGAUAUGGGUAGCACUCCACUUAUGAACAGCUGCGAGAGAGGAAAUCUUGCCAUGACUCUCGAGCUGAUGGAUGCUGGCGCAGACAUUCACGCUGCCGAUUUGAGCGGCAAAACCCCACUGCACUGGGCAGCUCAAAUAGCGAGUGGAGAGAUUGUUACCGAGCUCUUGAAGCGAUCAGUUGCAGUGAACUCGCGUAGCAAUGAUGGGUUCACUCCCUUGACUCGGGCUCUUGCAGCGUAUGCCGAUGAAUGCACUUCGGCUGACGCAAUAACGAUAAAUGCCCUUUUAGAAGGGGGUGCAGAUCCCCUGAGCAUCUUACCCGAUGGCAGAACAGCCAUGCACUGCAUCGCAACAGCCCUGAUGGACUCCAGCGACUUGUCUCGUCAGAGCCAGAUCGAACUUGAUGAAGAUGAAGAUCGUUUCACAGACGCAACUUUACUAUACCAACGAUUCUUGGCUGCAGGCUGUGACCUCAAUUUGGCUGAUCACAAUGGCGACACUCCUAUUUUCCAUUAUGUGAGGGCACCGAAAUCAUGGAACGUGAACGGGAUUUCGGAGGAUCCCUGUGAACGGAACUCCAAUCCAAAGGAUUACGCUCAUAUGUUUGCAACGCAUGAGAUUGGCAGAACCAACCUGGUCGGGGAUACGCUUUUGCAUACUAUCGCCCGUCGUGAGAAGGCUCACUGCGAUUCAGAUGACCACGAAAGCUUGUUGUUCAAGGCACUUGUCGAUUUAGGUAUCGAUCCUUGGCAAGAAAACAAUGACGGUCAAACCUCUUUGGACAUUGCCGCCACUCAAGAAAAGACGGGGAUCUUGGCUUUAUUUGCUCGAAAGGAAUGA